AUGGACGAUGCAUGCUUUUACCUUCGAGUGAGUGUCAGGUCAUUAUGUUGCAUGCACGGACUGAUCUCUAUGCUCUGGGGGCAAGAAUUAACAUGGAAUGGCAGUGUUUUGUUGUGUGAAAGCUCCCAGCAGAUGCGGAUGUUCCAGUUAAUUUUUGUAAUGUUGGAUGAGCUGAAGACUUCACUCAGCAUUUUGAUAGAUCUGAGUAGAAGGGAAGAACCCAUGCGAUGA